GUUGCUUCACAUACGAAUCAUAACCUGACAUCAAGACCCAUUUUACUUGUGCACCAGAAGCCUCGAAAUGCAGGCUCUUGUUGCUUCGCCGCGCAUCGGCGUCCGGCCCGUUACCUCUAGGAAUGCGGCGAUGUGCGUAACCAUCGGGAGAUUCAGCUCGGGCGUGUCCGCUCGCUCGCUCCAGACGCAAGUGCGCGCCCAGCCGGAGCAGAAGACGCCCCCCACGGUGCCCGGCUCCGAGGACGAGCUGCCGCCCUGGGUGCGCCGCGAGAAGGAGCGCGAGCUGCAGGCCAAGGACGGCGUCAGCGGCCUGCCCUGGGGCCUGUGCCUGCUCUUCUCCGUCUUCACCGCCAUCGCGGCCGUUGGAUCCAUCUUUGAGUUCGUGGAUCGCAACGCCAUCUUCGGCGUGAUCCAGCCCGACAGCCCGCUGUGGGCGCCCAUCCUGCUGUUCUUCGGCGUCACCGGCUUCCCCACUGCCGGCUACCUGUUCAUCAAGGGCGUCAACGGCUUCAACGAGGAAGCCGAGCGCCAGGACAAGCUGGACGGCUACCUGUGAGCAACCCGUCGUGUGGAUGGCACAUUAUGCAGCGGCUAACCAUAUUCGUGUUGCAUCAAGCGCUGUUGGCUCCCGGUGGCUCUGGAUGUGCGUGAGGCACCGUACCGUAUGCUUGUGACGGUAGCCUGAGGAAUGGGGCGUGGGUUGCGAUGGGGUAGCAGCACGCGGUGCGCGGUGGCAUCUGCACCAUGUGUGCACAUAGGUGCGGCGUGGCCUGGGCGUGACGCACGUAACGUAACUUGCGUAGGGAGGAUGUGAGGCAGUGACGUACACGGAGUCACCGACCCAUUGAGACUCUUGCGGGGACCGGGAUUGCAUGUGUCCGGGAUGUGAGCUGAUAUCGAACAGCCACGUGUGCGACUGUGGCGUAUUUUCGCUGGAAACUGGGCAUUCUUUCAAUUACAUUUCGCGCUGCAGACACGGUGUGCAGCUGGGGGCCUGAGAUUUUGAUGAACACCCAGGGGUUCAUACUGGGUUGCGUGGAUGAGUAGCACGGAGGUUGGGGGAACAAGCCUGCUGCUGCUGCAGCUGUUCUGUAAGAAUUGAAGCAG